AUGCCCGCGCAUUCUGCUGUGGUUCAGGACGGUGACAUGCUUUCUCCCCUGAGCUACGCACAGCUUUGGUCCCUGGCCGGCCGAGUGGCGGUGGCCGCUAGACAGGCUCUGCCCGAUGCAGAUGUCGGUGCAGUCGCGAUCCUGCUUGCUCGUGGCGUCUCAAUGGUGCUUGCGCUGCUUGGGGUCUGGCGCGCCGGGGGCCGUUGCGUGCCACUGGACCUCCGCGCUCCCAGACCACGCCUGGAGCAGAUGCUCAAGGAUGCGGAGGUGCGGCUUGCAAUCACGAAACGGGACUUGCAGCUUACGUGGCUGCAAAGCCCAGCAAUUCUCUACAUGGAGGACUUCCAAGACACGGCAAGCCUUAGUGAAGGCGUGGAGGGCGGGCGGCCAACUUAUGCUUCCGAUGAUGUGGCGUAUGUCCUCUUCACCAGUGGCUCGACGGGGGUACCGAAGGGAGUUCUCCUCACCCACCAGAACAUCCUGGCCUACACUCGCUGGCAUGUGCCCUAUUACCAGUUGACUCACGAGGACCGCGUUCCUCACGCCGCAGGGCUCUCCUUCGAUGCCUCCUUGGCGGAGAUUUGGCCAACACUCAGUGUCGGGGGCUGCGUGCUUCCGGUUCCCGAUGACAACUUGCGUCUCCUUCCAGAGGCGCUGUGCAAAUGGUAUGCCGAGGCUGGCGCAACUGUGGCUUUUCUGACCACCCAGCUGGCUGAGGCGGUGCUGGCAGAACCUCACUAUCCCUCAAUGAGGCUUCGCACUUUGUUCACGGGCGGCGACAAGCUCCACGUGCGUCCGCCGCACCACGCUCCCUUUCAGCUUGUCAACAUCUAUGGCCCGACGGAAUGCUGCGUGAAUGUCACCAUGUGCCAGGUGUGUCCUGGCGAGGGUUUGCCCUCGAUUGGAGAGCCGGUUCCCAACAUGCAGCUGUACGUGCUUGACCCGGAGAUGCGGCCGCAGCCGUGUGGGCUCGUUGGAGAGCUUUGUGUUGGAGGACUCCAGGUGGCUGCGGGCUAUCUGAAUCGCUUGGACUUGACAGCGGCAAGCUUUGUGCCGAACCCUUUCGAAGGGCGAGCAGAUGAGCAGGGCCGCACGCGGUGGCCACAUGGACCGGCCUGGCAGGGGCGUGCAGGGCCGGGCCCUGCUUGGGAGGGGCCUUCGUGGGUGGCUCGCUCUGUCGAGUCUUCCCCUCUCCACGGUCCGCGCCUCUACAAGACAGGUGAUUUGGUACGGUGGGCGGACGACGGAUCCCUGCUUUACGUCGGUCGCAUCGAUUUCCAGGUCAAGAUCCGGGGUCAGCGAAUCGAACUCGGCGAGAUCGAAGCUAAAAUGCUUCAACAUCAGGCCGUUCGGGAGUGCGUCGUAAACUGCCACGAGCUCCCCGAUCACGACAAGAUCCUGGUGGGUUACUGGACACCCAAAGCAGGAGUUUCAGAUGCACCUGAUCUUGAGCAGCAUUUGCAAGCAGACUUGCCAGAGUACAUGAUCCCAAAGGUUUUCAUGAAGAUGGACCGGCUGAUUUUGACAGCCAAUGGAAAGGUUGAUCGAAAGGCAUUGCCUCCGCCCAGUCUGGGCGUCCGCGAAGAGGUGCCGUCAGAGGACUGCGAGCCGGAACAGCUGGAGGCUGAGUUGAGGGGUGCCUUCGCGGCGGUCUUGAGCAAGAAGGUCUCGGAGGUACCUGUUUCGGCAUCCUUCUUUGCCCUUGGUGGGCAUUCGAUCUCUGUGGGACAACUGGUCAACCGGAUCCGGAGGGAGUUGCAGCUGAAUGCCGCCAUCGCAGACGUUUACUCGUCGCCAAGUGUGAAGCAACUGGCGGCCCGCCUAAGGCGCCUGCGUCCAAAGGAGCUGGAGGACACCGGGACCCAGGCCGGAACCCAGGCCGACCAGAGUGAGACGAGGAGCGACGCGUACGUCGCUUCCUUCCAGCAGCUCUCACUGCAGCGGAUGGCCUCUGUGAGCGCUGCCGCCUCCGCAGCCUUAAAUCUGGCCUUCUGCGGCCAUGUGCGUGGGUCCUUGAAGGUUCGCUGCCUGCAGCAGGCCUUCCGUGCCCUUUGUGGCCGCCACGACGCGCUGCGCAGCGUCUUUGUGGAGCACGAGUGCAAGAUUCUCUCCGUCGCAGAGAGCGCUUUGGACUUCCGUCAUGUGGAGCCCGGGGUCAUGGGCUUCGGCGGCUUCGAGCUGGAUUGGCUCCUGGACCAGCAGUACGAGACCUUCGACCUCGAAGCCGGGCCUUUGUGCAGGGUCCGCGUCUUCCAGGAGUCGGAGGACAAUUGGAUCCUACAUUGGACACUCCACCACGUGAGCGCCGACUUGUGGAGCUACACCAUUCUGUUGAAGGAACUCGAAGCUGCCUACGAGCAUUACAUUCAGCAUGACGAUGACGGCGCUGUGCAUGAGCCUCCCUGGCCGAGCAGCGCCCCGCAGUACAGGGACUACGCCUUGCAGGAGCAGCGGUUCUUGGAGUCCGAAGAGGGGAAGAGGAGCCGAAGUUACUGGCAGCAGAAGCUCCAAAAGACCCCACCGGUGCUGGAUCUGCCUGGAGCAACAGCAAGCGAACGAAAGCCCACCUUCAAGGGAAGCAAGCUGGACUUCGAGGUGAGUUCCGAGCUCUCGGAGUCACUUCGGAGCCUUGGCCAGCGCUGCGAGGCUUCCCUGCAUGCCACCCUGCUCACGGCAUGGAUGGUGCUCCUCAGCCGAUAUGGCCAGGAAGAGGAUAUUUGCGUCGGCACUCCCAUGGCCUGUCGCACCACCGCCGAAUCUGAAGCGACUGUCGGCUACUUCGCAAAUCCAGUUUGCAUCCGAGCCAUCGUGUCGAACACUUACGAAAAGCUGCUUCGGGAUGUGGCCAUGGAUGUGACAGAUUCCCUACAGCAUCAACGAGUGCCGCUUAGCCACGUUUGCGAUGACUUGGGCUUGGAUCUGCGUGCGCUGCUCCAGCCCCUGUUUGUCUUCCAGACAUGCCCGGAUGAGCUAUAUCAAUCUCGGCUUCCAUCUUUUUUCAUGGGCCACGAAGGGUCUGAGAUUUCAUUGGGCCCGUUGCGCUUAGAGUCCAUCGGGUUUGGCCAGAAGUUCACGCAGUUCGACUUGGCAUUGGUAGUGGCACAUGGUCCUCGGGGUGAUCUCAUCGGCAGCUUUCAGUACAGCACCACUUCGUACACACGAGAUGCAGUACUGCGGCUGCAGGCUCAGUACCUGACAAUCCUGCAGUCCAUGGUGAAGGAUCCUUCCCAGGAUGUUGGCCAAGUUCCGUUGUUCGUGGAUGAGGAUCUGGCGGAGCUGCGCCGACGGGUGACAAGCCCAUGGCUCCAGGAUCUUCCCAACGACUCCUUGCCACGACUCGUGGCGUCGCGUGCUGCAGAGAACCCCAGCGCCUUCGCGGUGGUGAGCCCGCAAGGGACCUACACCUUCGGCGAGGUCUUGCGCCGGGCACAGCUCUUGGCCACAGCCUUGCUGGAGGAAGCCUCCUUCCACGCGAGCUCCGGCCGAGAAAGGCAGGGCAGUUGGCAGGGCCGUUCUUCCGGCGGAAGGGAGCUUUCAGGAGGCCUCCUGAGCUGCCGCGUACCCUUGGUGGAGGAGUCCGAGGCGGCUCAAAACUCUCUCUCUCUCAGCGUGCAAGGCGACGGUUCCUUCUUGGAAAGCUUUAACCUCUUAGUCGGGUUGAUGGUGAGCCCUGGACCUUGGAUGGUGGCGGGCCCUCUGGGCUGCUGGAUGGCUGGACGUGGCUACUUCGCUUUGGACUCAGAGCACCCGACGGAGCGCAUCCAGCAAAUGGCCCAGGAUGCACACCCCCAGUGCAUCCUUUGCGAGCGCCGCGCGCAGUCCGUGGCCAACUCCUUGGGCUGGCCCGUCCUAGUGACCGAGGAGCUCCAGAGCAGGCGCAGCUCUGCCGGUACCUCGUGGCCCUACUUGGAAGGGGACGGCCAGGCACUCCUCGUGUUCACCAGCGGCUCGACGGGUCGUCCUAAAGGUGUUUUGCUCUCCAUGCGGGCAGUGCUUGCCCACGUCAUGUUCAGUAGCCAGCACUUCGGCUUCAAAGCAGGGCAGGCGACGCUGCAACACACGUCAUGGACUUUCGAUGCGCCGAUUUGCGAGAUCUGGCCGGCACUGUUGUCAGGGGCAACGGUCGUGAUCAGCAAGAGAGAUGGCUCGAAGGACUUCCAGUAUCUUGCUUCCCUGGUUGAUGAGCAGCGGGUCAGCCACGCCCUCUUCGUACCCUCCUUGCUGGCCGAGAUUUUGGAGCACCAGGCGCUGCCGCGAAGCCUGCGAUCCCUGGUCGUGGUGGGCGAGGCCUGCUCGUUGAGCCUGGCGCGACGGAUCUUGGAGGCGCCACUCUCCUUGAACAACUUCUACGGUCCCUCGGAAGCCGGCAUCGGGGCCACCAUCUACGAGGUGGACAAGAUUGGUGCAGUCCCAAACCAUGUGCAAAGCCUGCCAAUUGGACGGCCCGUGUCCUGGCACGAGGUGAUCUUGCUUGACCCAAAGCUGCGCCCAGCGCUGGGAGGUGUGGGCCAGAUCGGAAUCCUGGGAGAGGGCUUGGCCAGUGGAUACCUUCGUCUGCCGCAAGAGACGAAGACGCGCUUCAUCAAGACUCCCGAGGCCAUCCGUGAGGUUCUUCCCCACUGCGGUCCCAUUACCUACCUCACGGGGGAUGUCGGGCGCUACUGCCAGGAUGACAUUCUCGAGUUCGUGGGACGGCUGGACAGUCAGGUGAAGCUCCGUGGCCAGCGCGUGGAGCUCGGCGAGAUCGAGGCGGCGCUCCUCUCCGCCAAGGCCGUCACCGAGGCCGUGGCGCUGGUGCACGGGGACCGGCUCAUCGGAUACUUCUCGACCUUGCAGGGUGUGGAGGAAGGCGAUGCGGUCGCGCAAUGCGUGGACAAAACCAGGCAGCGGUUGCCAAGGUACAUGUGGCCGGAGCUCGUCCAUGUCAAGGAAUGGCCCAGAGGGCGGACGGGCAAGGUGGACCGCAAGGCAUUACCGGUGCCGACGAUUUGCGUGCAGGAUGCGGUUCCUCCAAGGUCUUCCCUGGAAAAGAAGAUCCUUGACAUCUUUUGCCAGGCAUUGAGGCGAGACCCGACGCUCACUUCCGUCCACUCGGACUUCUUUACGUUGGGGGGCACUUCUCUCAAGGCUGCAGCUUUGCUGUCUGCUUUGAGAGCUCAGGUGCCGGAGGCGGUGGCACUGCAGUUCGACGAGCUCUACGCUCAUCCGGACGUGGCCAGCCUCGCCCAAGUGCUUUCUGGCAGCCGCCAGGAGAUUCUCCUGGGUCCGGCUCCAGUAGAAGGCCUACUGCCGGCUUCCUUGGGCCAAGAGCACAUGCUUGUGUUGCAGGAGUUGCACGAGGGCAGCUCGGCCUACAACUCACCGCUCAUCCUGAAGUUGGAGGGAGCCUUGAACCGAUCCGCGCUGUCUGCUGCGCUGGACCGGGUCAUUGCGAGGCACGACGUCUUGCGGAGCAACCUUUUGCGAGACACCAUCGACGGUGAGCCCGCGGUCGUCCAGGUGACGACUCCUGCAGCUGAGUUCCAGUGCGACAUGGAGUUCUGGGACAUCCCGGAGGACACGGCACAGCAGCCUCAGCGACGCCGGCUGGGCAGCCGGCAUGUCGGAGCUGCUGGAGCUGAGCGAGCGAGCUCUUUCCAACUGAGCUCAUGGUUGGGAAGGACGGCCUCAGCGACCGGUUUGGGCCCAGGCACUCCCGAGAGGGGGGCGAGCUGGCGAAACCUUUUCGACCGUGGCAGGGCACGGCGACCAAGCUGGUCACCGAUCUUCUACCAGGGCUACAAUUCUCCUCCGAUGCGAUCGCCAGAAGAAAAUCGGGAUGACAGGAUACGAUUGACAGAAAUGACCAGCACCAGCAGCCUUAGUUUGGGCGAUCUUGGUCGAGCGCAACAGUGGUCCCCCGGCUGCAGCGAGCUGGUGCUGUCCUGGUUGGUGGAGGAGGCCCAAAAGCCCUUCAACCUUCGGGACGAGCCCCUGAUCCGCAUCGUCCUUGCAAAGGUGGGGUCGGAGCAGCAUUUUCUGCUGGUGAACAUGCACCAUUCUGUCACAGAUGGACGAUCGCUUUCCAUUCUCAGGCAGGAGUUGACAGCCUUCUACAACCAGAUUGCUUUAAAGCUGGCAGAGGCCCCAAAGCUCCCAGCCUUGUCGAUGCAGUACGCAGAUUUCGCAUACUGUCAGAGACGGUGGAUGGCCCAGGGCCGUCUUGAGAGGGAGCUGGCGUACUGGCGCUCCCAGCUUCAGCAGCUUCCGGCCCUGCAGCUCCUCACGGAUUUCUCGCGGCCGCCCAACCUCGCGCUGGACGGAGGUCAAGUUACGUUUCAGUUGCAGCCAGCGCUGGCAAAUCGGCUUCGCAGCCUUGCGCGUGCCAAGAGCGUCACGCUCUUCGCACUUCUAUUAGGCCUCUUCGCCCUGGCACUGAGCCGCUGGGCAGGGGCGCAGGAUCUCGCCAUUGCGUCGCCGGUGGGCCACCGCCAGGGGAAUGCCGUGGAGCCGCUAAUUGGAUACUUUGUGAACACCGUGCUCUUCCGGGUGAACUUGAAGACUUGCACAUUCGAGGAUCUCCUGCAAAGAUUGCGCGAUACAGUGGUCGGGGCUUUCCAGAAUUCGUCGGCUCCGUACGCAAAGGUUCUGGAGGCUGCGGAGCUUGAUCCGGCUGCUGUGCCAGCCAUGUUUGUGCUGCAGGACAGAGAUGAGACGGCAUGGAGCAUGGAGGGCUUGCGAGUUGAGCAAGUCGAAAUCAAGCGGCAUGCGGCCCUCUUCGAUGUCACUUGCGAGAUGCAGGAGAUGCCUGGAUCCGCCGGAGGACUCCAGGGUGUCCUGGUCUACAAUAAACACCUGUGGACCAACUCACGUGCCGUGCGUUUUGCUGAGAGCCUCCAGACGCUGGCUCUGGCUGUGGCGGAACAGCCCGCUGUGGACCUGCUCCAACUUGCGGUCAUCUCCAGCAACGACCGGGCCAAGGUCUUGGAAUGGGGCGGCCACAACCGACCAGUCUCGUCACCCACGCCGCUGAUCAAGGCUCUGAAAGUGCAACUUCUCCAGUGCCAGCAUGACAUCGCAGUGCUGUCUGGGGACCGGUCCGUCACGUACGCAGAGCUUGGCGCGCGCGUGACGGCCCUGGCCUUGGCGCUGCGGGAGGAGCUCUCGGAGGCUUUCGACUCGGAGGUCUUGGUUGCCUUGUUGUUGCCCCGGUCCGUGGACUUGGCCGUUGCGAUCUGGGCUGUCUUGAGCACGGGGGCGGCCUAUGUACCGAUUGACCCCGAUUACCCGCCACAGCGCAUUGCUCACAUCCUCCUUUCUGCCGGGCCGCGGUUGGCUUUGGCCCGCAAAGAGCAUGCAGAGCUCGCUACAGACAUCCGAGUCUUCGGCACGUGGCAGUGGCCAAGCCCGGAAACCUCGGCCCGUGUGGAAGAGCUCACGCAGGCACCGCCGCAAGGCCUGGCCUAUGUCAUUUACACCUCCGGCUCCACCGGCAAGCCCAAAGGGGUAGCCAUUGAGCACCGAUCGGCUGCGAACAUGGUGCAGGAACAGCUUUCCCUCAUGCGCAUUACCAGGGAGGAUCGUGUCCUCCAAUUCUUCAAGCCUGCCUUUGAUGGUGCCGUCCAGGAGUACCUGAGCACCUUCUUGGCGGGUGCAGUGCUGGUGCUCUGGGGCGAGGACAAGGAGGAGUCUUUUGCAGAGGUCCUGUCGAGACACCGCUGUACAGCCUGCACUUUGACGCCGUCUGCACUGUCGGUGCUGGAUCCGAAGCGCCUGCCACUGUUGACGAAGCUGGCAGUGGCCGCCGAGGCCUGUCCACCGACUUUAGUGGAGCUUUGGGCCUGCCAGCGCCGGCUUCUAAAUGCCUAUGGGCCCUCAGAGAAUACCGUGGUUGCAACGUCUGCCGAACUCGGAGCCAGCGAAAGCUCCAACGACUUCAUCCUCCGAUCUGACUCCUUCGACAGCCUUAUGUCAACCCCAUCGCGACAGCACGUACCCAUUGGGACUCCCCUAGGAGGAGUGCAGUGCUAUGUCUUCGAAGCCACGGCAGUGAAGUCACUUCAGGCCAUCGGCACUCCUGGAGAGCUCUGCCUCGGUGGGGUUCAACUGGCCCGGGGAUAUUUCGGCGACGCAGCGAAGACGGCUGAGAAGUUUGUGAUCAACCCUCUGGGAUGCCAAAAGAUGCAGCGAAUGUACAAGACUGGGGAUAUCGUGACUUGGCUCCCGCAGGGACAGUUGCUUUACCUGGGCCGGAAUGAUGAGAUGGUGAAGGUGCGAGGCUUCCGCAUCGAGCUGAGCGAAGUGGAGGCGGCGCUUGCGGCACUGGGCGCGCAGGCUGUGGCUGUCGCCGUCAAUCCGGUCAAGGAUGGUCUAUGGGCAUGGGUCACUCCUGAGACCCUGUCUCCAGCGACGUUGCGUUCAGAGCUGUUGAAGGCGCUGCCGCAGUACAUGGUACCGACGAGGAUUGCAGUCCUUGAGAAGUUCCCGCUCACACCAAAUGGCAAGAUCGACAAAGCACGGCUUCUGGCGGAGAACUGCUCCGAGGCGCACACGGAGGGCCCGAUUGUGGCGCCGCAGUCGCCUCUCGAGCAUCGCCUUUGCGCCACGGCCGCGACGGUGCUUGGAUUGGAGACGUUGGGGGUCACAGCUGACUUGCGCAGCGUGGGAAUGACCUCAUUGAAGGCAGUGCUGCUCUCGCAAAAGCUGCGGGAUACAGGUCUCACGAUACCUCUCUCCAAGCUGUACGAGCUGCAAACCGUUCGGGCACUGGCUGAGCACCUGGCCAUGCAGGAGGAGACGGUCCUCGGUCCUGUGCAUGAGGCAGAUGUGGAGUCCGGCCGCAGAUUUGAUCUAUGUCUCAGUGCCAGUCAGAAGGGCUGCUCAGGGCUCUUCCGGAGCGUGGCCGUGCUUUGCUGGCGGCUGCUUGCAUGGGUUUGGAUCAGCGGCGUCGUGAUUUGGCCUGCGAUGCUCCCGCUGAAGCUCUCUAGCCAGUUGGCUCGUAGUUCGGGCGCAGCCUGGUCGCUCUGUUUCCUGGUGCUCGUGGGAUAUCCGCUUUACCUUCUGCUGAUGAUUCUGCUCGUGAUCUGCACGAAAUGGCUACUCAUUGGAAAAUACCGAGCAGGAGCGUGCUCGGUGAAUUCCUGGGCGUUCUUGAGGUGGUGGGCAGUGGAUCGGAUGUUGGUCUUCGUGAACGAGCUCUGCUUGGGAGCCUUUCGCGGGGGGCCGGUCUACUUCGCCUACCUUCGCUCGCUUGGCUUGCAGGCCGCCGGCUACUGCCGUAUCGACACGCGCCACGUCUCAGAGUUCGACCUUAUCUCUUUGGGACGCUGCUGCGUUGUCGCCGAGGGCGCGAAGCUGCGCCCUGCCGCUGCCGAGGCCGGAGAGCUCCAGCUGCGGCCACUGGCUUUUGGGGACUACUGCGCCGUGGGCGAGAACGCCGUCUGCACGGCUGGCUGUGCAGUGGGUGAUCACGUGACCCUCCAGCCCCUGUCCAUGCUGUGUGGGCGCACGGGGCGGACGUUGCCGGAUGGCUCGGUCUGGAAGGGCGCUUUGCUGGUACAGUCCAGACAGCAACCGAUUCGGGUGCCUGCUGGAUUCCUCUGCCACGACCUUCUCGGGGACGUUUUUGCUCUGCUCCUCACACUUUUCCUGCAGACAGGCUGCAGUUUGGUGGCCUACUGCACUUUUGGGCUGCUGGCAGAGGCACAAGGAUUCGGUGUGGGCGACGCUUGGCGCUGGCAGGCCGAGCCCGAAGGCUACCUUUUCGCUGCAACGUGGCUGCUGUUUGGUCCGCCGGUGAUGGCCUCUGCCGACGUUCUCUUGGAUAUUGAUUUGGCUGGACUGGCAGACCAGGUCAUGGCAUCGAUGGGCCUGAAUCAGUGGGAGUUCGGUCUGCGCUUGGCAGGCAUGGUGGUGGUGAGUUUCGCGGUUUAUGGCUGGUCGCUAACACUGAGCUCAGCGUUUCUCUGCAGGUACAUCCGCGGAUCUCGGAACUUGAACUCCUGGUUUUUUCAGGUGCGGCGUGUCGUGCUCAGGCUGACCUUUCCCCGAUACCCUGCGCAGUUGGCUGGCACGUGGGCCAUGUCACUGUACCUACGACUGCUGGGUGGACGUGUCUCUCUGCAUGCCACGGUGGCUGUCUCAGAACCACCGUUGGAACCGCGCAAGUUGCACGUGGGAGAGGGGGCGUUGCUGCUCACUCACCAAGCCCUGGGUGAAUGUGAGGUGGGGCAGGGCUCCGUUGUAGGGGCUGGGGCCGUCCUGCUCCCCCAUUCACAGGUGGAGGCUGGAGCUGUGGUGGGCGCGAUGUCGGUGGCCGGCCGGCCUGUGCGUUCCGGUCUGCAGCUGGUGGGCAAUCCGGGAGUGAUCAUGAGGAGGGCAACCCUGGAGCAGGAGCCCAUGGCUGGAUGGGGAAGACACUUCCUACGAAGGUCCGUGAAGUGCUUGUAUCCACUGCUGGCGCCCAUGUUCCUGCAAAUGCUGCUGUUGACGACCCUGCUACCAGCAAUGUACGUGCUGACCGUGCUGCUGGACAUGCUCGUGCGCUCACAACAUGGUGCAGGUUUGGUGCUGGCUGCAUCUCUGCCAGCAGCCUACGUGGCACUGGGUUGGUGCUUGUGUCUUCUUGCAGUGCUGGUGCACCGGUUACUCUCUGCCUCUGUGAAUGGCUCCUGGUGUGCGUUCGGGUCGGUGCGGCACUUCCUUGCCACGUUCACUGAGCAGUUGAACUCGAUGUCCAUUGCCAUCUUCAUGGGCAUGGCCUUCGGCUCGCCAUUCUACAACUUCUGGCUCAAGGCCAUGGGCGCGAACGUGGCCAGCGACGCCCUCCUCUUGACAGCUGUGGCCGGCGAUUAUCGGGCUUUGAAUGUUGGCCGCGGGGCUUCCGUCGACAAAGAGGCAGUGCUGUCCUGCAGACGUUUGCUUCCAGGACCGCAAGGUGCGGGGUUCUACAUCUGCCAAAGUCGCGUGGUCAUCGGACCCGGAAGCAGCGUCUCGCAUUCGGCUGCAGUUGUCGCAGGAGAGACAGGUAGUUUGAGCACUCUGGCGCCUUUGUCCGCUGUCGCACCCUCGACGCGGCUCCCUGCCCAGACCUUCGCAGUUGGUCUGCCACCUCAAGCAUUUCCAUGGUCCAAAGCCAGCCUGGUGAAGCCCAGUGCCAGACCGCUUCCGCGAGAGCUGCGCCCGCCGAUCCUGCUGCCCCUCUUCGUCAGCCGAGCCAUUGGCCGGAUGAAGGUCUUGCAGGGACAGCAAGCCGUCGACUUCACGCCCUUGGUCACCGGGUCCACAGGCUUCCUGGGAAGGAGCAUUGUGGCGGCGCUCCUGGAAUCGGGGGCAUGCAGUCGGGUCUUUUGUCUAGUGCGCGCUGCGGACCCUGCAGCCGCACAGCAGCGUGUCAUGGAGGCAGCCAAGAAGGCGGGUGCCACUGACUUGCACCUUCUCGAGGCUGUGCCUGGAGAUUUGCAGCAACGAAAUUUCGGACGACCCCUUGCCGACGUGCAGCGUCUAGCAGGCCGCGUCACACAUGUACUCCAUUGCGCGGCGAAGGUGAACUUGACUGAGCCGUUUGAGCUCAUGAAGAAGGACAAUGUCGACGCAACGUCUCAUCUUCUGGAGUUCUGCUGCAUGUCCAGACCAAAGCCUUUCCACCAUAUUUCCACCAUGGGUAUUCUGACGCCAGAUAUGCUGGACCGACACGGCAGCGUCCGGGAGAAUGCCACACUGGGGGACAUCCGAGCCUUGCCUCUUUACGGAACUGGUGACCAGGCCAAUGGCUACCCUCAGAGCAAGUGGCUGGCAGAGGUGUUGGUGCUGGAGGCGGCCCGGCAAGGCCUGCCUUGCUACAUUCAUCGGCCUGGCCUAAUAGGCGGCCAUUCUGUGACGGGCGCAGCCGCCGAGGACGUGUUCUUCCACUUCCUGGCAGAUGUGCUGAAGCUCCGGCGUCUGCCGGGAAUGGAGGGUCGCAAGUUUAACGUGACGCCCGUGGACUGGGUGGCCAAGGCGAUUGCUCGCAUAGCUCUCCCUGGCUUCCUCGAAGAGGGCAAGCUUCCCAGCGGCAGCGUCUUCCAUCCGGCCGCGCCGAACAAUGCAAUCACCACUAACGUGCUGGCUGCCGUGCUGAAGCGCUUCGGGUACGGGCAUCUGGCGUUCAUGGAUUUUGUGGACUGGCGCGACUCCAUUGUCGGGUCUCCUCUGGACUUCAAGAGCUGGUCCUUCUGCGCAGCUCUGAGCGUUGAGGGGGAUGGUAUCGACUCCAUGGCCGAGACGACGCUGGGUGCUAAAGCUAUUCGGGAAGCAGUUGGUGAGGCCUUUGACAACUACGACCCGGCUGACUGUUUGGUGCGCAUGCUGCGGUGGUACACCGCUCAAGGACUUCUGCCACAGCCGGAGUCUGCUCGGCCCGAUGCAGCUGGUUGA